AGCCCCCGUGGGAUGGGCCUGGCUCUCAGCGUCGCCCCGACCAAUCACAGAACCCUCCCACCUCUGGCCAAUCAGAGUGCGGGACGAGAGGGGCGCCCGACUACUAGCCAAACGCCGGUCUCGUGAUUGGCUGGAGGAAGAUCAGGAGCCCACCAAUCGGCGGCUCCGUCUGCCAGGGUGCGACGCUGGGUGGCCGAUCUCUGGCCUGCGUCGGGCAGCGCAGGGCGUGUCCCGGGUGACCUGCCUUGGGCAGGCUGUGCCAUGGAGCCAGAGACCCGCAGCAUCCAGAUUGAGUUCCCGCACUAUGCUGCGGUGCUGCUGGAAUCACUCAACAAGCACCGCCUGGAGGGCAAAUUCUGCGACAUCUCCAUCCACGUGCAGGGCCAGGUCUUCCAGGCUCACAAGAGUGUGCUGGCCGCCUCCUCGCCCUACUUCCAUGACAAGCUGCUCCUCAACGACACCAACUGCAUUGUGCUGCCCAGCGUCAUUGAGCCAGAGGCCUUUGAGAAUUUGCUGCAGCUCAUCUACUCUGGCCGUCUCAAGCUGCUGAUGGAGGCACUGCCCAGUCACCUGCUGGUGGCCAGCGGGCUGCAGAUGUGGCAGGUGGUGGACCAGUGCUCUGAGAUCCUUAAAGAGCUGGAGGGGGGACCCUGCCGCCCCUGGUCCAGCCGGGCAAGCGAGAGCCAGUCUCCCAGUAGCAGCAAUUAUUUUGCCGUGAAGGACGACGGGGAACCAGGGGGCAGCAGCUCAGAGGGGCCAGGGCAUGGUGGGGUGUCAUCAGGCCGGGCAGCUCCAGGCUGCCUCGACAAUGAGGUGAUGAAGAUCCGGGUGUCACAGGAGGAAGAGGAGGAGGAAGAGGAGGAGGAGGACCAUCAGGCCCAGAUCUGUAGCGGCUCAAUGGACAAGGCUGUGAAGAUUGUACUGGAGGAAGAUGAAGAGGGUGGUGGCAGAGGUGGCUCCAAGGGGCCAUCUUCAGGGGAGCUGGACAGUGCCUUUCGUGGCCCCCGUGACCACCCCAAGAUCUUCUAUAUCAAGCAGGAGCGCUUUGACCCUGACGAGGCAGCAGUGGCAGCACUGGGAGGUGGUGUGAGUGCUGCAGGUGAGGCCAGCUUUCUCAAGUCGCUGGCACAGGGGCGGGCGUUGGGCAUGGCUGAGGUUCAGGGCCUGUGCCAGGCGGAGUUCCAGCCAAGCAGUGAAGUUAGCUACAUAAUCCCUGCUGCAGGCACUGGUGCCGCCUCCUCCUCCUCCAUCACUGCCCCUGGCUUCACCAUUAAGGCCCAGCCCCUCUCCACUGAAGAGGCCGGGUUCCCCCAGAGCUCCUGGAAGCCAGUGGACCUACAUGGAAAUGAGAUCAUUGCCCAUGCAGUGCAUGGCCAGGUGGUGCAUGCGCCUGUUAAGAUUGUGACGGCACCUGAUGGAAAGAAGUUUGGCUGCCUGUGUGGCAAGCGCUUUGCUGUCAAGCCUAAGCGUGACCGGCACAUCAUGCUGACCUUCAGUCUGCGCCCCUUUGGCUGUUCCGUCUGCAACAAGAAGUUCAAGCUGAAACACCACCUGACGGAGCACAUGAAGACCCACGAUGGGAACCUGUAUUCAUGCGAGGACUGUGGGCGCAAGUUCCGUGUGCAGAACUGCUUCCUCAAGCACAAGGAGCUGUGCAAGGGCCAGGGCUGGGCCACUGCUUGCUGGACCUACAAAUAAAACCUGGGAUGGCACUGAGUGGAGGA